GUAACCACCUGUAAUAGCUUACUCUUGUAUUGUUUUCAAGCCUAUAGAUAAAUGUUUUGAUUAAGCAUUUUACAGCAUAAUUCAUUGAUGUUUUUUAAGACACUUUAAAAGAAGAAUCCUUCCGUACGAGUCGGAUGGGCUCCGUCUAGAUGGGGCUAUCCGAGAGUUUCCUACUAAGAAGCUUUUGCCUUGAAUGAGAUAUCCUCAGGCAGAUGACACCUUAUGCACAGCAUACCAUCCAACCUUAUUGAUUAGUAUAGCCAUAUCCUUUCGCACAAACGUUUACAAAAUCGUCACAAACUUUAAUCUUUAUUUUUGUAAUUAAUUGUAAAUUUGUUUUAGAAAACCGUGAAAAAAAAUGGUUUUUUUUUUCUUACCCUUGGCAUGAAUUGUGAUUCCUAUGAUCAAUAGGUUGUAUUUUGGACUUCUUUCAAUAAAUAAAUAAAUAAUAUUGUAUUUUGGAGUGAGCAUAAAUUAUUCUUUUUCGAACAUUUUAGGUAAAUUAAAAGAACGCUGGUAGGAAUCACCUCCCAGAAAUCCAAAAAGCCAUAGCGAAAGCAUGAGCAGGGACAUUGUCUUUCCUAGGAGGAGGGUAUAGGGUUAUAAUAAUGGAGGAAGGUUGGGCCGCUGUUUUGUAAAGUUUCCUUACGAUGAUAUUAUUGCAGAGGCAGCAGAGGUUGAGGUUUUGCCAUUUACAACCCAUUUUCUCUUUCGGACCUUUGAAUUCUUUAACACAAAGGAGAUGGAAAAAGGCAGUAGAUUCUGCGCAAACCCGCUUAGAACAAGACAGAACAAGAGACACCCAGCUGGACAAAGUUGCCACCCAAAUCAGAAAGCUCAACGUCAUCCUCAAGCUCCACCAUCUCAUCACGCAGCGGAAGCGUGGUCCUUUUGUGUCCGUACAGAUUAUGUCUCGAUGGAGGCAUCUUGUGGGGAUCAACGUUGGGAUUGGGGAGUUUCUUCAUAAGGUCCCCCAUGUGUUCGACGUAUUUACUCACCCGGUUUGGCGAAACUUGUGCUGCAAAUUUACUCAUAAAAUGCUUAAUUUGGUAAAUGAGGAGGAAAAUGUUGUGAGAAAAGGGGAAAUGGAGGCUGUACGUCGUGUGAAAAAGCUUUUGAUGAUGUCUGUGAGUGGAAAAUUGCGUCUUCAUGCUUUGAGAUUGGUUAGGAGAGAAUUGGGUUUGCCUGAAGAUUUCAGGGAAUCAAUCCUUUCUAAAUACUCAAAAGAGUUCAAACUGGUUGACUUGGAGGUUGUCCAAUUAGUUGGUGAUGUAGAUGAAGAGUUGGGUUUGGCUGAAAUUGAGAAAUGGAGAGAGAAAGAGUAUAGAGAGAAGUGGUUGAGUGAGUUUGAGACAAAGUAUGCCUUCCCCAUCAAUUUCCCUACAGGAUAUAAGAUUGAGAGUGGCUAUAGAGACAGGUUGAAGAAUUGGCAAAGGCUUCCUUUUGUGAAGCCUUACGAGACGAAAGAAGUGGUUAGAAUCCGCUCUUGUGGUGGCAUUGAGCGGUAUGAGAAAAGAGCCGUUGGUAUUCUUCACGAGUUCUUGUGUCUGACAGUGGAGAAAAUGGUUGAGGUUGAAAGAUUAGCACAUUUUCAAAGGGAUUUCUCUUUGGGUGUUAAUGUCCGGGAACUGCUUUUAAAGCACCCUGGAAUAUUCUACAUAUCAACCAAAGGGAAUGGACAAAGAGUUUUUCUUAGAGAAGCAUAUAGUAAGGGGUGUUUGAUUGAACCCAAUCCAAUCUAUGUUGCUCGCAGAAACAUAUUGCACCUUAUAUUGGUAGGUUUUCGCUAUACAAGAGAACUGAGAGCUCCUGAUGUUAGGGUGAACAAUGACAAGGAAGUAUGUGAAGUAAAGAGUGAUGCUAAAGGAGAUGAAGAUUGGAUUGUACCAAUGUUAGAGAGAUUAAAUCAUGGGAAUACCAAUGUUAUAGACUAAGAAGGCCUUGCAGAACUGUUGGAUUAAGAUUCGUAUGGAGUUGAUACUAAUGCAAAGAAUGAAAAUAACAAUUAUGUACAAGACAGGAGAUAAAAAUUUGAGAGUUGAUAAUUCUGGUUGAAGUUUGUUGUUUGUUUCAACAGCGAUAUUCCUAGUGGAAAUAAUUUGAACUAAUGAUGUAUAGUUGCUAAGAGAGACAUUUUCGGAAAAUAUGGCCUGAGAAAACAUAAAUGGCUGGAUGAGAUUUAUCAUGUAACUGUGAUGCUACGAUAAGAAGCUGAGGCUUCUAGAGAUGACUUUGUUUUUCAAGCUGAGUCUCAAGCCAAAACUAAUGAGGGUGAAGCUCUCAUGAUUUCAGAGGUAGAUUCAGUGCUGCCAUCUGGGGAAGUUCUAGAAUUGGUACAGUUAAAAGGGGUGGACUAUAAAAACUUGGAAGAUUCACUUGUUGACAACAUGUAAGAAUUAGAAUUUGGCCACUUUCAUCUCCUACUAUGUGCUUGAGUUCUGUCUCUGGCUGACAAAUGUUACUGAGGAAGGGCAUAUUAUUUUUAGACAUGCUGCAAAGGUUUUGUAGGGAAAACAAUAGAAGGUCCUCUUGAAUUCAAGACUAAGAAAUUUAGAUUUCCAGCAAGUUAUCAUGGAAGUAAGUUAAAAAUGUUCUAGUUCAUAAUUGAAAAUCUGUUAUGUAGUCUUUUAGGUUGUAUUUUUAUGAUUAUGGCCCAUAGUCAUAUUCUUACUAUAUUUAUCAAUUAUCUUUCUAUGUAAUUAAGUACUGGAAAUUGAAACGAGUGUUAGUGUUGGUAUUUC